CACGACGACGCCAACGCUCGCCGUUGGCCGUCUUGUAGGCCAACAGAAUGGUCGAUGUGCUCGGCUAUCUAAAACACACGAAGAACACACUCAUAGGUAACCCGUCAGCCAAGCUCGCACUCAAGCGUACACGAGAACCUGAAGGUCCUUUGUUGACGUCUAUUGUCAGCUAUGUCAACUACAGCUCGAUCGUAGACGACGAAGAAUCCGGUUCGUCGAGCACCAUUGAUACAUCAACUGCACAAGUGCGUGCAGAGGCGGCGAAUGUUGUGGCUUCACUCGCACAUGGACCACGAGAAGUCCUCUUCGGUCUCCUCGAAGCAGACGCGCCCAGUGCCGUCCUUAACGCCCUCGCAGCACUUACAGACCACGAUCCUCCUUUCCUCAAGGUCUCCAUCGUAAGAGCACUCCGAGCAUUGUUGGUUGCUAUUUCGGGUUGUGCAGGUCCAUCUUUAUGGGAGUUGGGUGAAGAGUGCCUUGAGUUCCGGAGCGAAACGCGGUCUACCCUAGACUACGUAUUUCAGACACAGGCGCUUGACGUUUACCUACCUCUACUCGAAAGUUCAACGCCUAUGCUCAAGCUCUACAUCGCCCAGCUACUAGCAUUCGCCGUAAGGAUCCCCAAACACCGAAUCGCAGUGACGAGCUGGCUUCCACAAGCUGAGCGAGUCAAAGAAAGUAAGGGAAAGCGAGGUUGGGAAGUUUCUGCGUUGGUCGAUGCGAACUCUCCUAGUAGACAGGGUGGAUGGGUGAUGAGGCGGUUGGCUGCGAUGCUGAAGAGUCGGGACUUUGCUCUCCAAGAAGUUGCGCUUUAUGCCAUCGCUGCGUUGGUGAAGGAUAGUCCGAAUAUUGCACUUGUCCUGUCAAAGACCAUUACCGAACAGAAGUCCUCGCAGUCGGUCUUAACAGUUGCAUCUGACCUUACAAGGGACAGAAGGUCCGAGGUACGACUAGCAGCGUGCUUAUGUGUAACAAACAUUCUGCGCUCCAACUCAAACCACGAGCGCCGACUGUCUAGCACCAUAAUACACGUACUUAGCGCAAUAAUCUCCAAUACCAGCGAGCCUGCUCCGAAUCGCGCCAAAGCAUGCCACAUUCUCAGUUGGCUCGUUGCGGAUGACACGGGCAGAUGCAUCGAUGCCUGGAAGUCUGGAGCGCUUGUCAAGCUUGCAGACCUUGUAAGUUCACUGACACCAACGACGAAACCUCAAGAGUGGGAAGACGGCGAAGCGAGUGAUAUCUCAAACUUACGAGAGGCAGCCUUGACAUCAAUCGCGUCCCUAGCAAUGCUAGACAACGACAUCCGCAACGAAAUCGCAGGCGCUCUAAACCUCCUCCCUCUCAUCACCGUCUGUCUCGGGCAUCCCAGCGCAGGAGUCCGGUACGGCGCAUGUCAGUGCAUACGUGCACUCAGUCGUGCCAUUCGCGUUUUGCGUACGAGUAUCUUGGAUUCUGGGGUUGGAGUUACGCUUUGUGAGAUUGUUGAGAAUCGGGAUGAGGAUAGACGGGUGACGAAUAUCGCGCUUGCGGGGUUGUGUAAUCUUUUGAAUGAGUUUUCGCCUUUGCGUCAGGCUGUAAUGAAUCGAGGCAUAAUAGAACGAAUCUCCUGUCUGGUUAGAGCUCCAGAGGACCAACUGAAAAUCAGCGCUCUAUGGGCAGUCAAGAACCUCGUUAAUAAGGCGAGCACUGAGGAUAAGGUGUCUAUUAUGAAGCAGGUGGGGUGGGUGUAUCUCAAAACACUCCUUGUCGACCCGAAAGAAGACGUACAAGAACAAGCGCUGAACAUCGUUGGGAACAUCGCGUCGAGCCUGGAUGAUAUAUCUCUGGUGUUCCAGAACAUUCCUGGUGAAGAACUUAUGAGGAUAUUAGCUGACGCGUCGGAGUCUGCGAGUGACGAGGUUGUAUGUCAGGCAACAAAAGUAAUAGGCAAUAUCUCCAACUCCCACACGCACCGACACAGCAUAACCUCCUCCCCACGCAUCCUCACCUCCCUCCGGUCCAACUUAACACACCAUGCAGCUGACACGCGGUACGCAGCUAUCUCCUGCGUCGAAGUCCUCGCAAGAACACAUUCGUACAAGUUGAAAGAGUUUGGGAUAGAUGAGACGUUGAGGGGGAUUUUGAGAGAUACGAGAGGUGGGGAGAUCGGGAGUCUUAGUAGUUCUAGUAGUGGGAUAUUGGAUAGUGGGACUUUUUGUGGGACGAUGGUAUUGUCUUCCUUGAGUUUGCCGCCUUUCUCUUUGGAGGGUACAGCUGGUGCUGGUGCUGGUGUUGGAGGUGGAGGAGGUGGAGGAGCUGGUGGAGAGGUAGGGGUAGGGACAGGGACAGGGAUAGGGAUAGGUGGGAGAAGACGUUUGGGUGGUGGUGGGAGUGCAAGUUCGGUUGGGACGAGUGUGGAUAACGUACAUGUGUUGAGGGAGAUGGUGCAGAGUGCGUUGAGGGCUAUUGAAGGGUGA